AUGAACACGAAAGUCACUAUCACUGAGAAUUUAAUCGAAGAAACGGUGUAUAGUGCUUAUGUUCAAGCUAGCCAGAUUCAUUCUGGUUGUAAUUUAUCGAUUCUUAAUCCCAAUGGUAAAAUUAUAUCAUUUGACGAAGUCAAUCGAUUAGCGCAUCAGAAGCUAACAAGGUCUCAAUGUAAAACGUUUAGUCACAAAAGUGAUCAAUCGAUUCAUGACAAACAAGAUCAAGAGGAAGAUGUCGAAGAAUACCUAAGUCAAAAACAAUCAAGCGAAGCAAAUAUCAUGAAUGAUUCGGACGAAAUGACCUCAGGUGAUGAAUCAGGUACCGAAAUCUUUUCGAAUGUAUCUAAUUGA